AUAAGCCACUUGUCUACGCAUUUAACUCGCCAGCUGAUCGCUAUUCUCCUCGGGAGACAAGGCAUCUUGAUUAUAUCUCGCAGUUUACCUCUGCCAUCCGCUACAUCGAGGGGCCAGGCAACAUUGUCGCUGACGCGUUAUCCCGCACCGACAUUCACCAACUGUCGACAUCGUCCAUCCACUUAGAGGACAUUGCUGCUGCACAAAUCACUGACUCUGAUUUCGAAUCUGUUCGCAAUAACAAAGCACUGAAGUUCGUCCAGUUACCUUUGCUUCACUGUGAUUCGAAAAUACAUUGUGACAUUUCCACCGGUAAGCCGCGUCCAUACGUCCCAUUGUCGUACCGGCGGAAAAUUUUCGAUCAUCUUCAUGGCCUUUCCCAUCCGAGCAUCCGUUCUACCGUUAAGCUCAUCACGGAUCGCUAUAUUUGGCCAAACAUGAAUAUUGACAUCAGGCAAUGGGCAAAAUCCUGUAUUCAAUGCCAAAAGAGUAAAGUUCAUCGUCAUACCAUUACCACUCCAGGAACUUUCUCACUUCCAGACGCGCGUUUCAAACACGUUCACCUGGAUAUAGUUGGACCGUUGCCUCCUUCAAACGGUUUUACGCACUUAUUAACUUGUGUUGAUCGUUUCACAAGAUGGCCGCAUGCAGUCCCAUUGCGUGAUACCUCUGCCGAAACUGUCGCUCACACUUUCGUUGAAUCGUGGGCAUCUGUCUUUGGUGUACCUGCGACCAUUACCACCGAUAGAGGACCACAGUUCACGUCCACCUUGUUUCGCGACUUAAACCGCCUCAUGGGAUGCAACCACUUACGCACCACCGCGUAUCAUCCUGCUUCUAAUGGUUUGGUGGAACGUUUCCAUAGACAGUUGAAGGCAGCUUUAACAGCCAGCGCUACAUCCUGGUACGAAGCCUUACCUAUCAUACUGCUCAGUAUACGCAACACAAGCAAGGAAGACAUCGGCUGCUCUCCUGCCGAGCUUACCUUCGGUACAACGCUUCGACUUCCUGGUGAGAUGAUCGUCGAUUCCAGAAUCACCGGUGAAUCUGAUCCCACUUCAUAUGUCGCCCGGCUUAAACAUCAUAUGAGUCAGCUCCAGCCAACGCCGACGAGACGGACAUCACGCAUACCUCAAGUUCAUAAGGAUUUACACUCAUGUCCCUUCGUAUUCGUUCGCGUUGAUGCUGUUCGCAAGCCACUGCAACCGCCUUAUGAAGGGCCAUUCAAAGUGAUUUCGCGACAUGACAAGUAUUACGUUGUCGAUCGUAACGGCACGCCUGAUUCUGUCAGUCUCGAUCGUUUGAAAGUUGCCUACCUGGAUGAUUGUUCCAACUCCACUCCGGUUUUCUCACACUCAUCCGCCUCCGCUACUGAUCCUCGUACCGAAUGUACUCGUAUGCAUCCAACGACAACUACGCCUACAGACUCUACCUGUUUACCACAACCCCCUACAACACAUACUCGUUCUGGUAGGACUAACAAAACUCCUGUGCGUUUCCGCGACUACACACAAUAAUACUAUCGAGCGUUUUCUCUCUUUCCAACGCUCUAGGGGGGGAGUUCUGUAGCGCUUGUAAAUUUACUUAUCUUUCAUUGUACAUUCCUUUCCUAUUACAACCAAUUCUUGUACAUUAACCUUGUACACUUGUUUUGAUUGAUAAAUAACACACUUUUUGAACCACGCGGGCAACUCGACGUGUUCUCUCUGUGUUCUUGUGUCGCGGAUUUUAUGGCAUUGUCGAUCACUACGUUCUAACCUCGAGCAAUAUUCAUCUACAGAUCUCGUUCCGUCUCAACUGGUUUCACCAUCCUCGUCGUUGCAAUCCAUCGGAG